AUGGGGGUGACGAAGGAGCAGGUCGAAGCUUCGUUGACUUCGAAACUAAAGCCAAUUCAUCUCGAAGUCAUUGACAUUUCUGGAGGUUGCGGAGCGAGUUAUGAAGUCGAGAUUGUCUCUGAACAAUUCGAAGGGAAGAGAUUGCUGGAGAGGCACCGUAUGGUGAAUGCUGCACUUGAAGAAGAAAUGAAGGAGAUACAUGCUCUCUCCAUAAAGAAAGCUCAGACUCCACAGCAAUGGAAGCCAUCUCAAGACCCUGCAACUCAAACCAAAGAUGCCUGA